CUCCGCCCGCCCAUAUCGAUGUUGUGCGUGUGGCCUUAGACCUAUAAAUUGAAUCUGAGCCAACAAGUUAUCACAAAAUCCCUUUCUUCUUUCUCUUUCCCUCACUUUUACAUUCUAAUGAUUGAAAAGCAACGCUCUUACCAAUGCCCAAUAUGCCAAAAGGCUUUCUUUCGACUAGAGCAUCAAACUCGUCACAUUCGUACACACACCGGUGAAAAACCUCAUCAGUGUAUGCAUCCAGGUUGCGAAAAGCGCUUUUCACGGUCGGAUGAAUUGACCCGCCAUGUGCGCAUACAUGCUGAACCGGUUCGAAAACGACAAAAUAGAACAAGCAAUAUGGUCAAGCGACACACAUCACCCGGUGGAGGCAACAUCUUUAAGCACAUCAAUAUAUUGGCCACGCCUCAUUCAUUUGAUCAUCAUCAGCAACAGCAACAGCAACAAUGCUCCGUUAUCAGGUUCAACGAUGAUGUCACGUUAGGGGAUCAUGUUCCUUCUUCCUCCUGGAAGCUGCAGCCAUGUCCGGUGGAAGGAUGUUUCAAGUCGUUUUGGCGAUUGGGUCAGUUGGCUCGUCAUGUUCGAACUCAUCAACAACCGGUAUCGGUCAUGUCCAAUGAGAACAUUCUUCCAUCACCGGCCAUCACGCCUUCCAGUAGUCCGGUCAUGCCCGCUGCCAAAUGGUCUCCUUCACAGCAUAAUAGUGACAUGGAAAGCGAUUCCAUUGCUACUCCUGAGAAUUCGCCUUUACUGCGGCCUUAUCAAAAGCUGCCUGCUAUGGAAUGCCAAGUUGCUGAACCAGUGUAUUCUCGUGGAUCACCGGCGUCCAGUCCCCGGCUUUUAGCUCACAUCAUGAAUGAACGAGAACCGGCCGCUCGUAAAUUACCCACUCCUGCCAUGCUUCUAGAAAAGCCAAGUCUCCAUCCUGAAACAUUGCCAAAUUAUCGAGUUGCAUUACCCUCAAUCAAGUCGCUCUUGAAUGGAUUGUGAACUCAGUUGCAUUAUUCAGUGAACUCAGUUGCAUUAUCCAAUGUAAAUAAGCUUUCCCACAGAUCCUUUUGGAAACUUUACCCACUAGACAAUCUGCAUUUUUCAUAAUAAU